AUGGCUGAAGUAGCGGAUCAAGGCCCGAUCGAGCCCCAGGCUCGGCAUGUCGUGUAUUGUGGUGUGUGCACCUUGCCUCCAGAAUACUGCGAGUUUGGCGGAACCGCAAAGAAAUGCGAGGAAUGGUUGAAGGAUGAAUACGAUGAGAUUUGGGACCGUCUCUACUCUGACGAUGUGUUGAACGCAAACAUGGCCAGUCUCUCAGUAUCUGCCCAGGAACGCGCAGCCAAGGACGCAGCAAAGAAGGAGGCUAAAGCAGCUCAGAACGAGGCUCGGGAUGCCGAGCGCAAGGCCGCUUCGAAGAUCAUCAUCAAGCGAGUUGAGCGCAACAAGCGCAAGCACGUUACCGUCAUCAGCGGCCUGGAAGUAUUUGGGCUCGAGAAUAAGAAGCUCGCUAAAGAAUUGGGCAAGAAGUUUGCGACUGGAUCUUCGAUGACCCGGUCACCGGCUGGUACCGAAGAAAUCACUGUGCAAGGUGAUGUCAGCGAGGAAGUUGAAGAUUGGUUGUUGGAGGUGUAUGGCAAGCAAGUGCCUGCUGCCAAUAUCGAGUUGGUGGAGGACAAGAAGAAGAAGGCAGCACCAACUGCCUAG